UGAGAUUAUAACAAUUAUAAUUAAAAUACAAUUAGUAUCCAAUAAAAUUGUUGCAAUUUGUCACUGUUACCGGGGAGGCGCGGUCGAAAAUGGCGGUGAUUCGAAAUUUGAAUUUUAUUUUUAUUCUUUUAUUUUGUAAUGGAAUUUAUGGCGAUUUGGUGGCCAGGGGUUAUCAUUUGGAUGUAGGGGUGCCGAGGGCUAGGCAGCUGAUGACAGCGGAGUCGUUGAGGAUCAUUGGUGGAGAACAAGUCACGACACAGACCUCCUUUUCAUUCCAAGCCGGAAUAGUGGCAACUUUGACAACAGGCUGGCAGUCUAUAUGCGGUGGAUCCCUGGUCUCCAACACAAGGGUGCUGACUGCAGCCCAUUGCUGGUGGGAUGGUCAGAGUCAAGCACGAUCUUUCACCAUUGUUCUCGGCUCUCUUACUAUAUUCUCUGGUGGGACACGGAUAGACACAACCGAUAUCACAGUCCAUCCAAAUUGGAAUAUAAAUGAGAUAACUAAUGAUAUAGCGAUCGUGAGGAUCCCAUCAGUUACGUUUACCAAUAAUAUACAGGCGAUAUCCUUGCCAGCUCUGUCGGAUGUGAACCAAUCCUUUUCCGGAUAUUCAGCCAUCGUUUCCGGUUACGGGAAGACCAGUGACGCACAAGCCGGUUUCCCCUCCACCACAGCUCUUCAUCAAGUCUCAGUGACAGUGAUCACCAAUGCUGUCUGCCAGAACAGCUUCGAAAUUACCCUGCAUGGUAGUCACUUGUGCACCGGCGGGGACAGGGGGGUGGGGUCCUGUGAUGGGGACUCAGGUGGACCUUUGACUACUCUCCUAAACAAUCGAAGAACUUUGAUUGGUAUAGUGUCGUUUGGUCUAGGAAACCGCUGUGAAUCCACAUAUCCGUCUGUGUAUACGAGAGUGACGUCAUUCUUGACCUGGAUCCAAGCGAACCUGUGAAAAUAUUAGUGUUUAAUAUUUAAUUCUAAAUAGGGUUUUGUAAUUUUGUAUCUAACUAAAUCUGAACAUUCAAGUGUUCAAGUAACUUCUUAAGAACACAGGAGUUAAAGAAAUA